CCCGGAAGACACCGCUAGCCACGUCACUCCUCCCAUCCGACCCUAAACCUGGCUCCUCUAGGCGACUGCAGCCUCUAUGAUCGUCCCUUAGGCAAGCAAGCGGAGCUGGGAGGGUUGUUCCUGUUUCCGGUGGGCUGCUUUCCAUUACAACCGUGUUCAGCCCUGUGGUGUUAAACUGGAGCUUCUUAGUCUUCUGGGAUUUUCCCCUACUAGGUGGCAAAAAAGAUGCUUGACAACAUCAAAUCCUGGGCUGAGUACAUUGUGGAAUGGGCUGCAAAAGAUCCAUAUGGAUUUCUAACCACAGUGAUCCUGGCUCUUACCCCCUUAUUCUUAGCAAGUGCUGUACUGUCAUGGAAACUUGCAAAAAUGAUUGAAGCCAGGGAGCGAGAGCAAAAGAAAAAACAGAAGCGCCAGGAAAAUAUUGCUAAAGCUAAACGAACAAAGAAGGACUAAAAUGCUAAUUUACUGGACAGAACCUGCUACUUUUCUAAACAAAGCACUGUUCUUACCUUUUGUACUUUUUGUUGUAAAUUUUAGAGAUUAUGUGCAUAUAUGUGCAUAAAUUUGAGAAUUCCAGAAAUGUUUAAUUUGUGUCAAAGUUUGAUUUUAAUAGCUUUAAGUAGUUUAGUCCUGGGACUUAUUUUCUAAUUUGAGAUCUAUUUGUAAGCUACACUAUUGACAUCCAUACAGCAGUUUCAUAAAAUAUGAAUUGUUGGUGAUUAAAGAACUAAGAUCUUAAACUCUUA